UGCAUAAAAAUGUCGUAAUUUUUUGCGACAUGUUCUAUAAUUCGUGGAUUGAGGUAGAAGAAAUACUUGAAAAAGCAACUUCCAACAGUGAAACAAACUAUGUAACUGUAAUAAGUACUCUUUACUGAUAGGAUUAUAUUACUACUUUGUAUUCUAACAUUGGUAAAUACGAUGGUAUAUCCCUGCCUUUGGGAUAUAGGGCUUUACUUGUGGUUAUAAGGGAGAGUGCCUUCACCUUGACACCUGAAUGUCCACCCACCACUGGGACCGACUAUUUUGAUGGCUCCUAUCUUUAGUCGUGAUGUCGUGAUAAGUAUUAAAUUAUGUAAAUAAAACAAAAUGGCGUAUUAUUUGAGAAGUAGAGAACAACAGCAAAAUUCAUUUCUAGACUAAUUUAACGUUUCAUUAUGCAAAUACCUCCUCGAUGGUUAAAUUGUCCUAGGAAAAGCAAUUUGAUUGCAGAUCGAUUUCUUGCAUUCAAGACCUUUCUUGAUUCUCGAUAUGAUGAGCAAGUUCCUGAAGAAAACCGAUGGCAGCUUCCUAUGUUGUUGGGCUAUUUGACUAGGUACAAGAAAACUCUUGGCUUGGUGAUAGACUUGACCAACACAUCAAGAUUUUACAACAAAAAUGAAUUGGAGGUUGCUGGGAUACAAUAUAUCAAGAUAAACUGCAAAGGACGAUCUGAAACACCAACAGUAGAGCAGGCGGAUGGCUUCAUUAGACAAUGCUCCAAAUUUUGGCAUGAGUUCCCUGACAAAAUCAUAGGUGUACAUUGUACCCAUGGGUUCAAUAGAACAGGUUUUUUGAUCAUAGCAUAUCUGGUACAAGUCAUGGAAUGGAGUUUAGAAGCUGCUAAUCAUGCUUUCGUGCAGAGUCGACCUUCUGGAAUAUACAAACAACAUUACCUGGAUGACUUGUGUAAACGAUAUGACGAGAGUGAAAAAUUGAAAGCUCCGCACUUACCUGAUUGGUGCUUGGAUGAGGAAGAAGGAAGUGAUAACGAGGGUGAAAAUGGUACCUAUGACAAUAGAGGUUUGCAUGAAGGAACUAGAGCUAAGAGACCUCGAAGAGAAUUCAAGACUGGAGAUCCUAAAUUUAUGGAUGGCGUUUCGGGGAUAACAGUCGCGCAACAACCAGUUUUUGGUGAUAUUCAGCGAACAGUUCAGAAUAUAUGUGGAUGGGAUAGAGGUGGUUUUCCUGGUAGUCAACCAGUUUCUAUGGAUGUAAAUAACAUUAGAUUCUUAAACGAGAAACUUUAUCGAGUCACUUGGAAGGCAGAUGGAGUAAGGUACAUGAUGUAUAUUAAAGGAAGACAUGAAAUCUAUUUGAUAGAUAGAGAUAAUGCUGUUUUCAAGGCACCUCAACUUACUUUUCCUCAAAGGAAAUCGCCUCAUGCUCACGUUGUUGACACUUUACUUGAUGGUGAGCUGGUUCUUGACAAAAAUGAGGGGGUGUUGACUCCCAGAUAUCUUAUAUACGACAUAGUUCGCUUUCAGAGUCAAGAGUUGUGUAAAAUGUCUCACGAUAUCAGAAUGAAAUGUAUCGAUAUUGAUAUUGUUCAGCCGAGGCACAAAGCUGUUCAAAAUGGUGUUUUGGACAAGACGAAAGAGCCUUUCAGUGUUCGUAGUAAACAGUUCUUUCCUGUGGAAAAAGCAGAAUGGAUUCUGAAAGAAUUUUCGCCUAAACUGACACACGAAACUGAUGGUUUAGUUUUCAAUGCUGUUAAUGAGGAAUACAUCCCUGGUCAAUGUCCGACUCUGUUGAAAUGGAAACCACAUACUUUAAAUUCUGUAGAUUUUCAACUUCACAUUACCACAGUUCAAAAAGAAGGUUGUUUGAAAGAGAAAGUUGGUGCGUUAAGGGUCGGUGGUUUUGAUCAACCUGUUGGCAUUAUUAAAGUAACUAAUGAAUUGAAAAAACUGGACAAAAAAAUCAUUGAGUGUACUUUUGACGGUAAAAAUUGGAUAUUCAUGCGACAUCGCGAGGACAAGAGCUUUCCAAACAGCUACGCAACUGCUCAGAGUGUUUGUGAAAGCAUCAAAACGCCAGUAACAGAGCAAUGGUUGCUUGAAGUGAUUCAUAAACACAGAUAUCGACCUGAAAGUCAUUCUCAUCGCCAUAACAACACAGAAACGAGAUAAGAUAUCUUUUUUAUUGUAGUAUAUUAAUUUACUCUCAUCUGAUAUGCAUGCCAGCAUGGAAAAGCUACUAUAUAUAAACUUGUAUAGUGAGCAUUCACAAAGAUCGAGCAGAGAUUUUUCUGCCGAUCAAAGCCAAAAACUCGCGUUGACAUCAUAAUUCAAGACUUAAUUGCAUAUUUGAUUUCAUGUCGCGAAUUGUUGUUCCUGUACAUCAACUUGAUGGCUUUUUCGGUCUCUUUUAGAGAGUUUUGGCAAUAAAUAACAAUAACUUUUAGUGAAUAGAACUUUUAAGGACUUCGGUAAUCUUGUUUACAGUUUUUGCUGUUUUUCACCAGCAGUUUUCUUUCGCAAAAUAUCUCGAAGUAAAAUCAUGUAAAUAGCAAAUAGAAAUAAAUCGCCUUGAUUGAUUGUUUAUAUAAAAAA